AUGGUCGAAAUGGCAGACGACCAGCAACUAUUCUUGAUCGAGUUCCUCGUCGACAGAGUUCAAAUCCCGGUGAUAAGAGCGAUGCACGACGAACUGUUACCCGCGUGCACCUGCGUUUCGUUUCAAAUCCUCAGUCUGCCACCCAUCGACAUCUGUCAAGACGCUCUGACGGAUGGCUGCGGCUGUUCCGAGGGCGACACGCAGAUCUUUAAGAAAGGAAAAUCCUGCUUGUUCGCGUUACCGUCGAUCGUUCUUCAAAGGCCGUUGACCACGUUCCCCAUAAAGAUGUCCGUGUUCAAGAAACUACCACCGGGAGUCCUGCCGGACGUGAUGCUGGUCGGCUGUUACCAGAUCGAGGCCAAAGCCAUAAUCAACGCCGUGCUGAGUCAGCAAGUGUUCAAAAUACCGAAUCCGUGUCAGACGAUCAAAGAUACGUUCAAGAUCACGACCGCGACUGGCCAGUGCGUGGGAUGCGUCACGGUGUACAUAAGGGCCAGCUGUUUCGGCAAGAAGAUCAUCACGCAGUUUCAGAUUCCGCACAACAGGAAACCUUAUCUCUUCAAAGGCAUCGACGACAGCCCGGUCUUCCAGUGCAAAAAGAUACCCUCAGAAUGCUACGUGCCGACUCCUUUGAAAUGCACGUGCAAGAAAAAGUGCAUCGAUGGAAGCGGAGAAUCGGGAAGAACUUGUUGCCCGACACCUAUCGUUCAGACCGGUUCCUGUCCUCCGUUACCUCCUAAACCGAAACCCGAAUACGGGCCCCGACCCUGCUGUCCUUCUCAUCAGCAACCAUCUUCCGGGUAACAAUUCCCCUCCUCUCUUUAUUAACCCGUUUGCAUCGUACAUCCUUGGUAUUAUUAUAAUACAAUCGUUUCGUGUAACAAUUGCCGUGAUCCUUAGAUCAGGAUUCUGUUUAAUUUAAAACCUUUCGAUGCAAUUAUCUAUCUGUCCCCAGGAAAAAACCGGCUUGCGUUUGUUCCGCUGGCCGUAAAAAAGGCCCGUGUUGCUGCACACAAAAUGGACAAGUUGGCUCGGCACGUCCGGGUACUGGACCCACGUGCAGCCCUUGCGCUCAGCCACCCUGUC